AUGACGUCGGUCGGGUCUUUCUGUGUGGAGGAUGGGCAGACGGGAUGUGUCCAAGAGCAGCAGGUGAAGUUCAUGCAACAGCAACUGGAGAGGGGCUUCGGAUACUUCGAAGGGGAGGCAAUGAAAGUCUUGUCCCUGCCUUACGCAGACCCACGCUUCUGCUUAUAUGUGUUUCUACCCAAAGACAUUUCUCACUUUGAACAGCAGUUGCUGCAAAAGCCAGACGCUGCCGAGGAGCUCGUAAGGCAAGUGGACAACACUGUUUCCUCCGGAUCGGUGUUGCACUUGUCCAUACCUCUGAUCAAGUUUGUGGCAGAAGAAAACCAAGUAGACCUUGCUGCGGUGUACAGACACCUAGGCGUGCGUCUCAUGUUCGAGGCGGGCAAGGCAGACUUUUCAGGGAUUGCCCGUGACAAAGACCUUUAUGUUUCUUCCUUCCUCCACCAAGCAGACUUCACGUGGAAUGAAGAAGGCACUGAGGCUGCUGCAGCUUCUACCAUGAUGUUCGCUGACUUCGCUGCAUUCAUUCCGAAGCGACAAAUAACUUUGGAGGUCAACAGGCCUUUUCUCUUUCAAGUCCGAGUGAAAGACACUACAAGUGCACACUCGCUGGUGCUGCUUUCUGGGAGGGUCAAAGAUGCCAAGGCCGCGCAGUGA